AUGGCCAGGAUUAUCUUGGGUUUAAACAAUUGUUUCAUUGCUAGGGUUUGCUUAUCAACAUUCUUGUUUUUAUGUCUCACAGAAGCUGCAGAUCUAUACGUUAAAGUUUUUGAUGUAAGAAAGUAUGGUGCUAGAGGAGAUGGCAAAACAGACAACACCAAGGCUUUUUUGAGUGCAUGGAAGGAGGCAUGUGAAUGGAACGGAAGAGGAAGAGUUUAUAUACCAGUAGGAAGAUAUUUAGUUGGUGAAAUAUUAUUUAUGGGUCCAUGUAAAGGCUCUCUCUCAUUUUUCAUUAAAGGAGAUUUGAAAGCUCCGGCAAACCCUUUUUCCAUCAAAGGUGAUACAUGGAUUGCAUUUAGGUAUAUUGAUCAUCUCGUCGUCACUGGAGGCGGCACCUUGGAUGGCCAAGGUCCCUCUGCUUGGCCCUUCAAUGAUUGCCACAAAAAUCCCAAUUGUCGUCCCCUUGCCACGACAAUGGCGUUCCAGUUUGUGAAAGAAUCAAAGUUGAAACGAAUAAAAUCUCUGAACAGCAAAAACACCCAUUUCAGUUUCUUCGGCUGUGAAAACAUGAAAGUGAGCAACCUGAUAAUAUCAGCACCGGCAAAUAGUCCCAACACAGACGGGAUCAAAAUUGGCAUGUCAAAUAAUAUUGAAUUUUCGUCACUAAAUAUUGGCACCGGUGACGAUUGUAUAGCCAUGCUUUCAGGCAUUUCCAACAUAAACAUCUCUAAAGUCCAAUGUGGACCUGGACAUGGAAUCAGCAUUGGGAGCUUGGGAAAGAACCCGGGUGAACGAAAUAUAGAGAGAAUAACAAUCAAGGAUUCCACCAUUUCUCAUUCUAGUGAUGGUCUGAGGAUCAAGACAUGGGCCGAUUCGAUUUCCUCUAUUGUUGUUUCUGAUAUUAUUUAUGAUAAUAUUAUCAUAAACAAUGUUGGUACACCGAUUAAUAUCGAUCAACAGUAUUGUCCGUACCCGCCUUGCAAUCUCAAGCCGGGUUCUACCGUGCAGAUUAAAGAUGUUACAUUUAGAAACAUAAGGGGGACGACUAGGUCGAAGACAGCGGUGAAUCUGAAAUGUAGCAAAAGAUUUCCGUGCAAGAACAUUGUACUGCAUGAUGUUAAUUUAAGCUCUCGAGGACCGGAGGGACCUGCAAGAACACUGUGUGAAUAUGUAAAUGGCCGUAGUUACGGCAAAAUGAUCCCUCCGGCAUGCUUUUAG